AUGGCAAACGAAAAUGAUUUAAUCACUACAGAUCAAUCAAUUGGGAAACUGGUUACAACUAUCGAUGAUUUAAUGUCUGAAGUUGACUCGGACAUUGAAAAUUUAUCAAACAAAUCAUACCAAUGGUUAUGUGAAAGAGCGAUCAUUUCACCGAGAAAUUCUACAGCAGAGGAAAUUAACAACAAUAUUCUUCAAAAGUUUGUAGCUGAUUCUCAAGAGUACCUCUCUAUUGAUUCAAUCAUCGCAUCUGAAGAUGUUGUUAAUUAUCCUCAGGAAUUUUUAAACUCCUUAACUCCAUCAGGACUUCCACCCCACAAGUUGAGUUUGAAAGUUAGAGCUCCGAUUAUGCUACUACGUAAUCUUCAACUCCCGAACCUGUGUAAUGGAACCAGACUGCAAAUUAAAACUCUACGAAAUAAUAUUAUAGAAGAUACUAUUUUGACAGGUCCAGCAUCAGGACCAAUAGCUUUUAUUCUAAGAAUUCGGAUGAUACCAACUGAUUUACCUUUUCAGUUUAAGCGUUAA